GGGCAGUUAGUUUUAAACUGCGACUUGUAGCGGCAACAUCGUCGGAUCAAGCAACCUUUUACCAAUUCCUCCCAACUGAGGCUCAAGAUUGUGAUACCAAACAUGCAACGGCUGUGGGCAUGCCUGCUCCUCCUGGGAUCCAUCCAGAUCCAGGCGGUUCCAUUCUACGGCGAUUCAAGCUCUGAUGCUGAAUUCGAGGACUCGGCGGAAUCUUCUCCCGAAUCCUCUGAUAAGUCCAGCUUUAUGCCACACCUAACCCACCCAUUGCCGCUGCAUCGCAAUCCGUUUGCGCCCCUGCCACUCGCACCACUCCAGCCACUAGAUCCACUGCAUGCCCAGGCCUCGCAGCGGAUGGCGAGCGUCUGGAACGGCCCCGGCGGCCCUUCCCCGCUGGCCCAACAGCUCCACACCUCUCACCUGUUGCCACUAUUCAGCAGCGAAUUCGACACCGAGUUCGUGCCCCUGGAGCACCAGCAGCCGCCACAGGGACGCCAGGAGACGGGAGCCACCGUCCCCGCUCAAGCCCCAGCGGGUGUGGAACAGAAGCCCUUCAAUGUGGAUACCAUAACCACGGAUGUGAAUGCACCGAAUCCGGCCAUAUUCUUCCAGCAGUCGUUCCCCUUCUUUGGCAAUGAGUUCUUCAAUUCGUUUGGCGGCUUUGGCUUUGGCGCUGCCCAGGAGCCCUGGUGGAAGGGCCCCAAUGUGUGCACCGAGAAGGAGGAAGACGAGACCGUGGCCACUGAGACGGAGGCUGAAGAAACAGUGGACACCUUUGGCCAGGAACGUGAUGGCGUUACCAAUGUGGUGCGAUCCCCGCUCUUUGGCCAGUUCCAGUUCAGCGUGAACUCCUGUGCCGAGAAGCCCAACAAGCACGUCUGCACAAAGAUCGUUAAUCAAAACGGCAAGAAGAAAACGCUGACGUUGACCCGCCAGUGCUGCUAUGGAUAUGGACGCCCCAGGAACGCCGAUUUCACAACGCCCUGCGAGAAGAUCGACAUCAAGGACGUGGAGGCCACGGCCAGUGACAUGGGUGCCAAGCAGUUCCUCGAGAGCGCCCGCACUGCCGGCGAGUUGGCCGAGAUGCUGGGCGGAGGCAGUGGCAAGAAGGUGACCCUUUUCGUGCCCAACGAUGCGGCCUUCUUGGAGUACCGUGGACACCACCAGCAGGAGAACAAUGUUGAAGAUGCCAAGACCGAGGCCUCCAAGCCUUCCAUCUACAAACUGCACGCGGUUCUCGGCGAAGUGCAGCUGGAGGAUGUGCCCAACGAGAAGCUGCUGCAGACGGAGCUGCCCGACCAGAGGAUUCGCAUCAACAGCUACCAGUUGCCGGCGGCUUUGGGCUUGGAGCCCUACCGCUAUGCCGCCAACUGUGUGCCCAUCGAGAAGCACGACAAGCUGUCGGAGCAGGCCCUCGUCCACACCCUGGGCGGAGUGCUGAAGCCGCUGACCAAGAACAUAAUGGACAUCAUCAGGGAGCGGGCGGAUAUGUCCAUCAUGCGCACCGUCCUGGAGAAGACCAAUCUGAGUGCCAUGCUGGAGGAUGACAAGCCGGUGACCAUCUUCGUGCCCACGGAUGCCGCCUUCGACAAGUUGGAACCACAUCUGCGUCGUGCUCUCAAGGAGGGUCGUGGCUGUGCCUCGAACAUUCUGAAGAACCACUUGCUGGACCUCACCUUCUGCUCGCUGGCCACUGUUCCGGGUGCCAAGACGACGGCCUACAAUCUGCUGGGAGAGCCCCUGCUCCUGAACCGCACCCAACUCACUGCAAAUCAGACUGGACCCGCUCCGAUCUACAUUAAUAAUCUGGCCAAAAUCAUAGACGCCGACAUCAUGGGCACCAAUGGUGUCCUGCACGUGAUCGACACCAUCCUGCCCACGGAGUCUGCGCUGCCCAUGACCUCGCUGAUGUCGCAGAAGAACCUGACCAUCUUCCAGCGCCUGCUGGAGGCCUCCGGCUUUGAUGAUCAGUUCGAUGAUCUGGACAACGUGACCAUUUUCGCACCCACUGACAAGGCUCUGCAGCACACGGAGUGGGCCCGCAUGCUGGAGGAGCAGCCGGAGCUACUGAAUCACAAUUUGGAUCUGCUGGAGUUCCUUAACUACCAUGUGGUCAAGCCCAUGAUUAAGACCUGUGACCUCUCGGAGAAAUCGUUGCCCACCGUGGCGGGAUCCAGUGUGCGCCUGAACCUCUACUCCACGCAUGCCCUCUUCUCGGACGUGAUGAACCGGGCCACGGUCAACUGCGCCCGUCUGGUGCACUUCGACGACGAGAGCUGUGGCUCCGUGCUCCAUCAGGUGGAUCGUGCCCUGGCGCCACCCAAGAACAACAUGCUCAAGCUUCUGGAGGGUAAUCCCAACUACAGCAAAUUCCUGGAACUGGUGCGCAAGGCUAAUCUUACCCAGCUGCUGUCCAACAAUUCGAGGAGUCUCACUCUGCUGGUGCCCAAGAACGAUGUCUUCGAGGAGCUGAGCGAGUCGGGCGAGGGCUCCAAGCCCACCGAUCCCGUGGCCCUGGUCAAGACCCACAUCGUGGAGGACGUGGUCUGCUGCGCCGGUAUUAUACCCACCAACUGGCCAUUUGUCCGCUCCAUCGAGUCCAUCUCCGGCCAGCAUCUGCGCAUCACCCGCGACCGCCGUCCCAAGAUCGAGAACGCCGGCGUCACCAAGUGCGAUGUGGUGGCCACCAACGGCAUCCUGCACGAGAUCAACGACAUCAUCGUGCCCCGGCCCCAGCGCCAGCAGCAGCGGCCCCAGCUGAUCCCCCCCGGUGGUGGCUAUCAGCCCCAGGGCGACUUCGACGUCUUCUUCUGAGCGGUGCGCGUCCCUAUCUCAUGCAUAUGAUAUAUAAAGCAUAUAUUUAUACUUACUCUUAACGAUUUGUCAAUUGAUUGGAAGCCACAACAAGCUCAGAAUCUUCUCUGAUAAAUAAAAUAAAAUAAAAUAAAUAGUAUUAAAAACAAA